CAAUAUCAGAUCGCGCUUGCAUUUUAUACAGAGUUGUAAAAGCGUUUGCUGUAACAGAUUGAAUGAAUUUAAUCUUAUCAAUAAGCAACAAAGAUACUUAUACCAGGAAUAAGUGUUUAUAGACGAACUGAAGGCAUGACAUUGUUGUGAUGGAUUUCAUAGAACACCUGCUGCCAGAAUUAUUAGACAAAAUCUUAUCAUAUUUAACAGAAAAAGAACUUGUGACUUUCUCAAAAUGUUGUGUUAAAUGGAGAGAAAUAACAAAUAAAGACACAUUAUGGUUGCAUCAUUGUAUGAGAAGAGGAUGGCUAAGGUUUGGUCUAAAUGGCGACAUCAACAGAGAAACUCAUCUUAAUGUGAAGAUGUCAAAUAUUGGUGGAAAUUCUCCAGUUUUCCAAUUAUAUGUUCCAGAAGAGACCAGAUUAUCCCCAGUUUGUAAGUGGAAAAACAUUUUUAUUAGAGUUCAUCAUUUAAAUAAAAACUGGAGAAAAGGUCGAUAUUCAGUAUCACCAUUGCUGAAAGGACACGCAGAAAAAGUUACAGCAUUAGCAUGUAAUGGAAAGUAUAUAGUUUCUGGGAGUGAAGACAAGUCAUUAAGAAUGUGGGACAUGGCACAAGCUACAUGUAUCAAGAAAUUAGAUGGACACCUUGACACUAUUACAAAGAUUAUUUGGAAAGGGAACACACUAAUCACAGGUUGUGCUGACAGUUCUAUACGUGUGAUAGACUCUACAAAUUUCACCCUGUUAUUUUCCCUGCAAGGACACAGUGGUAGUGUUGAUCACAUGACACUUGUUGGUAAAGUUCUAGUUUCUGCAGCAACAGACAGAACAUUACGGAUGUGGUAUCUUCCAGACAGAAGACUUGUCAACAUAUUCAGAGGUCAUACAGAUGAUAUUGAGUGUAUGUAUAGCCAUGGUACACAUGUUGUGACAGGCUCCUGGGAUAAAACACUAAUACUGUGGGAUAUAGAGCAUGCUGAACAGUUUCAUAUGUAUAGUGGACACAAUGAAGUAGUGACAUGUUGUUAUUUUGAUGGAGAGAAGAUAGUAAGUGGUAGUGGAGACAAUGAUUUAAGGAUAUGGCGAAUUUCCCCACCAGGAUGUUCACAUAUACUACAGGGUCAUGAAGGUGAGGUGUACUGUUUAGCAGCAAAUCAUCAUGUGAUAGCAUCUGGAUCAUCAGAUAGUACUGUCAGGAUAUGGAACUAUAAUGGAAAAUGCCAGCAUGUUCUACAGGGUCAUCUAGGUAUUGUUAGAUGUCUACAUAUAUGUGAAGAACGACUAGUCAGUGGUGGAGACCAAAAAAAAGUCAUAGUUUGGGACUAUAAAAAAGGAGUUCAGAUGAAUAUUGUACAUAGACAUCCAUCAUUGCUACAUUUAAUGUGGGUCAAUGAAACUAAGUUGAUAACAGCAUCUCCCGAAAGACCUGGUACUGUGGCAGUACUUAGUUACUGGUAGUGAAUCUACAGAUACUGGUAGU